AUGGCAGCCAUGCCGAGGGACGGAUUGGUGCUGGGUCUCCAGCCCGAGGCUGGGCCUCAACAGGGAGUGAAAUUGGAGCAACCGGACCUAGCGGCCUGUGACCCAGGAGUGGGGAAUGGCCCGCACAUCAUGCAGGCCAGGAAUACCAGGGAAUUCUGGGAGAGAAACAUGUCAGGCCACGUUAAGCAGGAGCCACAGAAGGGGCCACAACAGCCAUGGGAGGCCCAGCUGCAGGAGUUCCUCAGAGCGAUGGAGUCUUCCCACUCCGACGGGAGAAACCCGCAGCAGCGGACGUUGGCGUUGCGGGACGAGGCCCACCCCGUCCUGCCUCCUUCGGUGGGAAUGGAUGGCGCCAGGCCACAUCUGAGGAGAGAGAUGACAGCCCCUCUCCUGCCAGGGCCCUGCAGAGAAGCCCAGCAGCCGGCUAACAGCCCCUUGGCCAAAGAGACAGGAGAGUCCGGGAAAGUCAAGGAAGAGGUCCUGGGGGAGGAGGAGAACGGCGUGGCCACUGGCAUGGACGCCGAGCGCCAGCGCUUCCGGCAGUUCGGCUACCAGGAGGCCGAGGGGCCUCGAGAGACUUGCAGCCGCCUCUGGGAUCUUUGCCACUGGUGGCUGAAGCCGGAGAGGCGCAGCAAGGAGCAGAUCCUGGAGCUGGUGAUCCUGGAGCAGUUCCUGGCUGUCCUGCCCUCGGAGAUGCAGAGCUGGGUCAGGAAAGGUGGGCCGGACAGCUGCUCGCGGGCGGUGGCCUUGGCGGAAGACUUCCUGCUAAGGCAGCAGCGGCCCGAGCAGGUGAGUGUCUGCUUCUCCCUGCUACCUUCCUCUUUUUUUAAUUUUAUUGGAAGUUUUAUUUACAACAUAACAUAAACCCCCCAUUCCCGCCAAUACAGAAAUCCACCCUCAUUAAGCGUGAACAUAACGUCCAAUAAGCAUAACAUACAACAAUACAAACAACCAAAUAAAAGACUUCCUCUAUUCCGUCCCUGGCCUCCUUAUUUACUUCUUAUAAGCUGUUUCCUUUAUGAAUAAUUAUUAAGAUUUUUCUAAUUAUAACUUAAAUAUCCACAAAGUUUCCUGCAGACAUUAAUUGAAACAAGUCCAGGUAUGUAUUUUAGGGCACUGUUUUGUGACGUAUUCUCUGCGUUUCCCCCAUGCUUUUUGAAACUCUUCUCUAGUGUGAUCUCUAAUUGCCUCUGUUAAUCUACCCAGUUCAAUAUACUCUAACAGUUUGUCUUGCCAUUCCUUUUUCGUUGGCACAAUUUCUUUUUUCCAGUUUUUAGCAAUUAGGAUCCUCGCCGCUCCUGUGGCAUAGAGGAAUAUCUGGAGGAAUAUUCUGCUUCUCCCUGCUACCUGUGAGGCUUUCGGAGUUGCGGAGAGGGCAGAGGCAGGCCGCAUUCACAGCCUACAUUAAGGCACUAUAACAGUCACGGCUUCUCCCAAAGGAUUCUGGGAGCGUUCAGAAACCCCCGUUUCCCUCACAGAGCUGCGGUUCUCAGAGUGCUUUAACAGUCAACCCCUCUUCUCAGGGAGCUCUGGGAAUUGACGGCCUCUGAGGGGGAAAGGGGGCUUCCCAACAACUCUCAGUGCCCAUUACAAACUCCCAUAAUUCUUUGGGGGAAGCCAUGACUAUUCAACAUGGUCUCCUAGUGUUUUAAGUUGGGUGAACGUUGGCCUUAAUGGACGGACAGUGGCAGAGCUCUUACUUCGGAUACAGAUACAGAUGGGUAGCCGUGUUGGUCUGCCAUAGUCGAAGUAAAAUUCUUCCUGUAGCACUUAAGAUCAACUAGUUAGUUCUGGUAGAAGCUUAGUGUGCAUGCCCACUUCUUCAGAUACCAAAGUAUCUGAAGAAGUGUGCAUGCACACGAAAGCUUAUACCAAGAACUAACUUAGUUGGUCUUUAAGGUGCUACAGGAAGGAAUUUUUUUACUUCGGAUACAGAAAUAUUCAUAGGUUCAUUCCCUGGCAUCUUCAGUUCGAAAAAGGGCCUGACCGCAAGGGAUGGGAAUAAUCUUCCUCUGCAUGUGACCUCAAUAGCUGCUGCCAGUCAGAACAGACAACACUAAGCUACAUGGGGAAGAAACUUAAUUCAUUGUUCACACUUAGCAAGCAGAAGGUCCCAGGUAUCUGAAACCCAGGGUGUGGGUGUCUGCUUCUAGCCUGUGAAUGGUCUGAGUAUGCCCUACAGUAGCUGAAAUAAUCACACAUUUUCCCCUUCCUCUCCCACCCACCUAUUUUUUUUUUUUUAAAAUAGUGUAAGCUCUCUGGGGCAGGAGUGAAGCACCAUGCCCACCAGGCUGGGGUUGGAUAAGUAAGAACAAUCUCUCCUUCCGUUUCAGGUGCCGGGGGUGUCCAAGGAGGGGGCUGCCAAGAUCCCUGAAGUGGAGGCAUCUCCCUUGGGUGCCUGGCCAAGGCCUCUCUUCAGAGAGAUCAAACAGGAAGGCGACAGGGAUGCACCCUUGCUGGGUAAGGAUUCCUGGUGGCAGAGUUUUAUCCACAUUGCUUCUCCCGUGUUUUUCUUUGGUCCUGCCCAGCACUGGCAUAUGGCCCUCAGAAGGUUCUGCAGAAGGGAAAAUGGCCCUCACACUGAACAAAGUCUAAACAGAGAACAUUGUCCUUCAGGUAACCUGGUGCCAAGCUCCUCAGGGCGCUGCACAUUAAUAGCAAGGCUUUGAACAUGGCUUCGUAGCUAACAGGCAAACAGCAAAUAACAUUGAGAUUCUCUCCUUAUUCCAGCAGGAGGUGGGCAGGAGCAGAACAUACAAGAAGAUGCCAGGAAACGGGAACCGCACUGGGUGCUGUCAGGAAGAGGCGGGCAGAACGCCUCUGGCUGGCCCAAUCAGGGCAAAGCGUCUGCCAGCCAGGAGGAAGCAUACCCCGAGAAAGAAGGGGACAAGUUUAUAAAUUCCCAGGGCAGGUACGUGGAAUUUGAUGGGAAUGCAGCCCAGCUCGCCGUCCCUGCACCAAGCGAGUCGCAGAAGCCGGCUCACGAGAGGCAGAAGUCCUGCGCCCACUGCGGGAAAGACUUCCAGCUGAAGUGCAACCUGCAGGCCCACGAGAGGACCCACACGGGCGAGAAGCCCUACAAGUGCUCCGUCUGCGGGAAGGGCUUCAGCACGAGGGCGUACCUGAUCACCCACGAGAGGAUCCACACGGGCGAGAAGCCAUACCAGUGCUCGGACUGCGGCAAGAGCUUCUGUGACAACUCCAACCUGAUAGUCCACCGGAGGACCCACACGGGCGAGAGGCCCUACACGUGCAGGGACUGCGGGAAGAGCUUCCGGGAGAGGCCGGUGCUCAUCCGGCACCAACGGAUCCACACGGGAGAGAAGCCCUACAAGUGCAGGGACUGCGGCAAGAGCUUCAGCCAGAGCUCGGGCCUCCUGGUGCACGAGAGGACCCACACGCGAGAGAAACCCUACACGUGCACGGACUGCGGGAAGAGCUUCGGCGGCAACUCGAACCUCAGGGUCCACAUGAGGAUCCACACAGGGGAGAAGCCCUACAGGUGCUCGGACUGCGGGAAGAUCUUCAGCGACCGCUCGCUUCUCGUGCGCCAUCAGAGCACCCACCAAGAGGGGAAGUGUUAG